UAUCAACCGCUGCUAAUGGAUCAGUAUUCAAUUGUGUUUGCCCGCGUCAAUUAUGGAGCUAACUCUCGCCCUCGUCCUGCUGCUCGGAUGUGCGUCCAUAUCGGUUAAUGGACACGCCCCCGAAUUACCCUCGGGUAUUGAGAGGUGCGGGAUUGAGGACGAGGCGUGCCUGAUAAACGGAGUCAACAAUGUGCUGAGGAACCACGCCAAGAGCGGCAUCAAGGAGCUGGGUCUGAUCCCGCUGGAUCCCCUGCGCAUCAAGAAGUUCACAAUUGGACGUAAUCCGCACAGCCCGGUCAACAUUGAUCUCAGUUUCCACGACGCGGAUCUUCUGGGUCUCCACCAGGCAGUUGCAAAGCGAGCCAGCGGCUUCACGAGUGAUCUCAGCCGACCCAUUGAGCUGAUCAUGGAAGUGCCCGAAGUUGUGGUCAGAGGGCCAUACUCAGUCGACGGCAGAAUACUCAUUCUACCCAUUGCAGGAAAAGGCAACGCAGAGAUCCGACUGAAAAAAACGAAGGUGCAUGCUUUUAUAAAAUUCAAGCGGGUGUCCAAGGGUGAGCACCAGACCUUCGCGGAGGUGGUCGACAUCAAGGUUGAGGUGACACCUCAACAUGUCUCCUAUCACCUGGAGAAUCUUUUCAAUGGCCAGAAGGAUCUCAGCGAGAACAUGCACGCCCUCAUCAACGAGAACUGGCGGGACAUCUUCAACGAACUGAAACCGGGCAUCGGUGAGGCCUUCGGACUGAUAGCCAAGUCGGUGGUGGACAGGAUCUUCGGCAAACUGUCGCUCGAACAACUCUUUGUUGUCUGAACCCCUUAGUACAAAGCUUUUAAACGUUAACUAGCUAAAGCAGAUAUGUGAAUAUUUAUUUGGCUUUCAAAAUACAAAUGCAAAGCAAACAAUUCACUGGUAGGUUCCUCUUACAAAUUAAAUGAAGAUGCAAAAUAAA